UCUUGGGCCGACGGGGAGGCUCAGGCGGUCGGAGGAGCCGAGGCACCGCCCGCGCCGCGUCCGACGUCGCCGCGCCGGCCUGGGAGGCGAGUUGCGAGCGUCGCGUUGUGACCACUGCCCGGGCCCACCGUGGGGACGCCGAGCGCGAGAAACCGGACCGAGCUCAUCCUCUUCCCGCCGCGCGCAGCACCAUGAGCCACUUCAACAAGGGCCCUUCCUACGGGCUCUCGGCCGAGGUCAAGAACAAGAUUGCUUCCAAGUAUGAUCACCAGGCAGAAGAAGAUCUUCGCAAUUGGAUCGAAGAGGUGACAGGCAUGAGCAUUGGCCCCAACUUCCAGCUGGGUCUCAAAGAUGGCAUAAUCCUCUGCGAACUCAUAAAUAAGCUACAGCCCGGCUCAGUGAGGAAGGUCAACGAGUCCUCGUUAAACUGGCCUCAGUUGGAGAAUAUUGGCAACUUCAUUAAAGCCAUCCAGGCUUAUGGGAUGAAACCACAUGACAUAUUUGAAGCAAAUGAUCUUUUUGAGAAUGGAAACAUGACCCAGGUUCAGACGACACUGGUGGCUCUGGCAGGCCUGGCGAAAACAAAAGGCUUCCAUACAACCAUUGAUAUUGGAGUUAAGUAUGCAGAAAAGCAGACAAGACGUUUUGAUGAGGGAAAAUUAAAAGCUGGCCAAAGUGUAAUUGGUUUGCAGAUGGGAACCAACAAAUGUGCCAGCCAGGCAGGAAUGACUGCCUACGGGACUCGGAGGCAUCUUUAUGAUCCCAAAAUGCAAACGGACAAGCCUUUUGACCAGACCACGAUCAGUCUGCAGAUGGGCACCAAUUAUGUUCUCUACCAGGCGGGGAUGUUAGCACCUGGCACCCGAAGAGACAUCUAUGAUCAGAAGCUCACGUUACAACCCGUGGACAACUCGACGAUCUCCCUACAGAUGGGCACCAACAAAGUGGCUUCCCAGAAAGGGAUGAGUGUGUACGGGCUCGGGCGGCAGGUUUACGACCCCAAGUACUGCGCUGCUCCCACAGAACCCGUCAUUCACAACGGGAGCCAAGGAACGGGAACAAAUGGGUCGGAAAUCAGUGAUAGUGAUUAUCAGGCAGAAUACCCAGACGAGUAUCAUAGCGAGUACCAAGAUGACUACCCCAGAGAUUACCAGUAUGGCGACCAAGGCAUUGAUUACUAGCCACCGGGGAGCGCAGUAUUUAGCCCAUUGUUUUUAUUCAGUGAAAACCAAUCUAGCCUUGAGUAAUUUUUAUCUCGUCUUCCUAAAACACUAUUAUGCUUAUUGUACCUAAAAGAAAUAUUGCCUUACAUACAUUCCUUUUUCCUUUUUCUGCCUCUUUCCUAAAUAGUUGCCUUUUAGUGCUGUAACAGUUAAAUCCUACAGCAUAACCAAUAACUCGCAUAUGAAGUAAAAAGGAAUACUGUGAAGGGGAGCGCUCUUGGACAGCCAGUUCUUUUAUUAAAGAUCUAUGCAUUUUUACACUCUUCUACUUCAACUGGUCUUUUUAAGCCAUAGGAACCUUUUUUUUUUUUUUUUUUACAGUUUUAGUAUUUGAUUUUUACAUGGAAGACUAAACUCAUGCUUAGAGCUAAAUACGGUCUUUGCCAACUAAAUUGAAGAUGCAGCAUUUUAGGAAUUUACCUAUCAAUGUCUCCACAGUAUUGUUUGCUAAUUUUUAAAUAAAGUCAUGAUCAGCGUGCUUUUGUGAUGACCCGUGUACUCAUUCUCUUUCCGAGCUGACAAGGUCUUUGAGUGGUGUUGCUGAGGGAGCGUGUACAGAAUCAGCCUGGACAGUGCAUUUGCUCUUCCUGUUUGUGCCAAUGUAUCGAUGUAGAGUUGCUCUGUUUUCUUCAACUGUAUUUAUUGCUGCAUUUCUCAGCAUAAACCUAUCCCAUUGUAUUUUUUAUAAAUAAAUAUUUUUUUUGAACAUU